CAGCGGGUUUCGAACUGUGUUGUUGUGUCGGGCUCGAGGCACCAGGCUGUCGUUAUGAACAAGAUUUUCAAUUUCUCCAAGAGCGGCUCGAGCUCCGGGUCUGGGUCCAGCUCGUCCCGAUCCCAUUCACACUCCAGGAAACAGGGCCCGAGCCCGCAGGAGGCCCUUCACCGGCUCAGGGAGACCGAGGAGAUGUUGACCAAGAAACAGGAAUUCCUGGAGAACAGGAUCCAGAGAGAGCUGGAGACCGCCCGGAGAAGCGGCACCAAGAAUAAGAGAGUUGCCCUACAAGCACUCAAACGAAAGAAGCGCCUUGAAAAGCAGUUGGCACAGAUUGAUGGUACACUCUCUACAAUUGAAUUCCAGCGAGAAGCAUUAGAAAAUGCAAACACAAAUACAGAAGUUUUGAAAUCUAUGGGCUAUGCUGCAAAGGCCAUUAAAGCUGUUCAUGAGCACAUAGAUUUAGAUAAAAUUGAUAUGAUGAUGCAAGACAUUACAGAGCAGCAAGAAAUAGCACAAGAAAUCUCUGAUGCAAUUUCCCAUCCAGCAGCAUUUGGCUCAGAAUUUGAUGAGGAUGAAUUGCUGGCAGAAUUAGAAGAGCUGGAAGAAGAAGAAUUAAGUAAGAAAAUGACUAAAGUAAUGCCAAAAGUUCCAACCACUUCUCUCCCAUCCAGACAAGUUAAAUCUAAGAAGACGACCAGGGAAGAAGAUGCUGGUAUGAAGCAUUUAAAAGCGUGGGCAUUGUAGAAUCAUCCAGAAGAACCAGGAAUGAUUAUUCUGGGGACAUGAAGAUGUUCUGCAAUUAUCUGAAGUUCAUUUCUGCAGUGGUAAACUCUGAUAUUUGUAUGGAAUAUUUUUUAAAAUCAAUAUUGGUAAAUCAUCCACUUUUCAUGGAUUAGCAAAACCAAAAUCUCUAUGCAAUUUGGAUCAGACCAAAUUUGGAAAAUGUCUACAUUCAAAUGUCAUACUUUGGGGCUGAAAUAUACAGAACACAUUGAGCAAAGAGCUGAUGAAAGCCUGCUAUUUUCAAGUGAUUGUCUCAUAGUACAUAUACAUUUUUUUAAAAAAACAUACAGUAAGAUUUGAUCUGAUUCAAGAUAAGUAUUUCUGACCUUAUAUUUUUUGCCAUCUGUUUUGUUGUUGAUCAAAAGUGUGUAUAUUAGUCAAAUCUGAUUCCUCCAGUUAUUUUUGUAACUAAGCAGAUGUUUUAUAAUUAGAAAUCUAUGUACCAUGCACACAUUUGCUUCUAACUCUAAAUUUAAAACUUCAGCUAUUGCUGAAGCUUACAGCACUGAAAUAUUAACCAAAAUAACCAAUAAAAUACAGCAAAAGUGGAGUCAGACAGCCAUAUUCAAUCAGAAGAAAAUUGAAGGUAUAAAGUGAAGUAGCCUGGAAGCAAAUAGCGCUGUACAAUAUUUGCAGAAUAUUCAGUCAGCACUAAACACUUUCAAUAAUUUUGCAUGAAAUAUUGAUUUUCUGUUGAAUAGAUUUUGCAUCAUUCAGACCAAGAUGAGAGGUUCAAAAUGAAAUCAAAACAUUAAUGAUGACCAGCUAGCCUUGGCUCAAAAACUAGUAAACACACUUGUUAAGAGAAAUAACAUUGAGUUAACAAAUGAUAAACCUAAAUAGGUGAAUAUGACAGCAAUGUUUCUGUUUCCAGAAAUUGUUUUUAGAUCUGUCCACUUCAGUGGCCUUCCUUGUAAAUAUGUUCUGCCAAGUCUUUGUUUCUGUUUGAACUUCUCCACUUACUCAUUACUCCGUUAGCUUUAAAUGGAACAAUAGGUCAACAAUAGUGGUAGAUAUUACCAAACCUCUACAUAAAUGUUCACCAAUUUAUUCCUAGGAUCGAAAUGUUGUCCUAGGAAGACGAAUUGAGUAGGAUGUGUCUGUACACUCUCACGAUUUUUAGAAUGAGGUGAUCUCAGUGAAAUAUAGAACUUUCUGAAAAAACUGGAUCAGGUAGAUGCUGAGAGAUUGUUUCCUCUGGUUGAAGAGUCUGGAACUCUGGAAUAGUCUCAGGAUAAGGGAUUGGAAAUUUAGGACUGAGUUGCAUAAUUUCUUUAUUUAAGAGUUGAUGUUAUUAAAUUGGAGCAGGUUCAGAAAAGAUUCACCAGGAUUUUGCUGGGAAUGGAGGGCUUGAGUUAUAAAAAUGGUUUGGAUAGACUGGGACUUUUUUUUUACUGGAGUGUAGGAGGUUGGGAGGGUGACCUUUAUCAAGGUUAGUAAUAUUAUGAGGGGCAUCGAUAAGGUGAUUAGCCACAGUCUUUUCCCUAAGAUGGGGGAGGUCAAAACCAGGGGGAGUAUAUUUGUAAGGUGAGAAGAGAAAGAUUUAAAAAUAAACAUGAAAGGCAAUUUCUUUCACAUUGAAUGUUUUGUGUGUGGAAUGAACUGCCAGAGGAAGUGGUGGAUGCAGGUCCGGUUACAAUAUUUAGAAGACAUUUGGAUAAGUUCAUGAACAGGAAAGGUUUGGGAGGACAUAAAGCACGGGCAAGUGGGACUAAUAAAGUUUGAGAACAUGGCCAGCAUGAACUAGUUGGACCGAAGGGCUGUUCGUAUGCUGUAUGACUAUGGCUUUAUCUUUGGAGUUCUGUAUUCCAGAAGUUUUGGACACUACUUUGCUAUAUUCACGUCUGAGAUCAUACAUUUUAAUUAGCUUCAACUUUAAAAAUCUAUGGGGUAAGGUGGGAAAAUGGUGUUGAGGUCAAAGAUCAUUACAAUAGGUAUGCAACACAAACAGGCUACUUGACCCAACCAGUCUCUUCACUUUACUUUAGCCAUAAGAUAUAGACAGAGCAGAAAGAAGCCUUUCCAUUAGACCACAAGAUAUAGAAGCAGAAGUAGGCUAUUCAGCCAAUCAAGUCUACUCUGCCAUUCAGUAAAUUGAUUAGUCUGAUCAGCUUCAACCCUAUUUUCUGCCUUUUCCUCAUAACCCUAGAUUCCCUCAUUGAUUAAAAUUUUGUCCAUCUCAGCCUUGAAUAUUCUUGACAACCUAACCUUGACAGCUCUCUGUUGUAAGGAAUUUCACAAAUUCAUUAUCUUCUGAGAAGAAAUUGUUUUUCAUCUCUGUCUUAAAUGUGUGACGUCUUCUUUUGAGAUUUUUUCCCUCUGGUCAUAGACUCUCCCACAAGGGGGAAAAAAUCUUUCAGCAUCCACCUGACCAGCCCCCUAAGAAUCUAAAAUGUCAAAUUUCCGUUUCUUCAACUAAGUUCUGACUUGUUUUUUUCUUACCUAUCAUACUUGUAUUUCUAUGAUGUGGAUUAUGAUGCUUUUUUCAAUUUUAACAGGACUGAAGAAAUGCAAAAUAAUGUUGAUUUGAGCAUAUAGUACCAUGAUACAUUAGUGACUGUCAUUCAAAUAAGAUGUGACAGAGACAUAGUUGGAGCAAUGCAAAUGCAAAACCAUAUAAAACAGAACUCUUGUCAAAAAAAGUCAUCCAACUAUCUACACCACAAUUUAAAAAAACUUGUCUGUACACCUUUUCUGCUAACUUGUAUUGUGAAAGUUCAUAAGUCCACAUUCUUAAUAUAGAUUUCUUCUCUUAUAAGAUAAAAACAUUUGAGUUUCCACAGAAAGACUUCUCAUCCAUCAAAACCUCAGGAAAGAACCACAGCAAUCCUGGUGGUAGAACUCCUGCAGCUCUUGGGAGAUAUUACCCAUAAUACAAGGGCAACAUGCAAGAGAAACUAAACAUUUCCACACUACAAACCAUGCAGCUUUCUAAAUUCAUCGAGAGUGCCUUUUGGAGAUUUACCAAAUGAACUGCCUCACCUCAUGUCCCAUAAAAAAUUUACUGGGUUUGGCCGGUUUGUAAUAUGGAAAUUACUUAAAUUCUAGGCUAGUACACUACCGUAUUUUUAAAAUGCAAUUAAAAUAGACGCUAGCUUGAUAGCGUACCAAGAAAUGUUAAAUGAAGCCUUUCCUUGCACUUUUAUUUCUUCUUGCACUGCAAGCAUUCGAAUGACCAUAAUUUUAAGAUGAAGUUGACAAGUGACUUGAUUUACUGUAUUUAAAUUUUUUGUUAAGAGACUUGAUUUUCCUGUUGGACAAAAUAAUGUGAUUUAAAAUAGGGGACAAAAUAAAACUUACAUAGAUCUAAAAUUUUGCUUUCAUUGGAAAAUCUGAUUUAACACAGUUUUAUG